UGCGGGAAGGAAGUCGGGGCAGAAGCAACGUCCUUGGGGAAGGAAGAGGUGACGAUGGGCCGAAAUCCAGACCGUCACUUCUCGCUUGAUUGGAAGUACUCCGUACAGCGAGCCGGGAUGAGAAAGGGCCAAAUCACCGCUCGCCCCUGCCUGCCUUAACUUGCUUACUAUGCCCGACCCCAGAGGUAGAAAGAAGGCUGGGCAGGAAGGACGAGACCCCCGUGCUGGUGCUGGCAGGAAGGAGCAGGUGUAGAUGGUGGCGCCGGCGGUGGUGGUGCGGUGGUGGUGGUUGCCCUUUGCACCUUGUCACCUCUCGCACAUGGAAAGCACUCACCCAAGGUGCCUCCUUCACCACCUUGGACGAGUCCCACGAGCGAGGAAAGUGCGGACCACUGGUAGUCGCGUCUACCACGGACGUGGAAAGCAAGACGCACGCAUUGCGGCGCUAUUUCUGUGUGUUCCAAGGCGGACGGACGAGUGGCACGUCGGGAGAACCGGUUUCUGCUGCAAAGGCUGGGCGAGCGUUUGGUGGUUCUUUUGCUCGAGUACCACCAACGCUAGCCGUAGAAAGACAGCAGGUCUAGAAGCGAGAUAACUAGCGCGCAGCGCGAGGCAGCCAAUGGGGAGGGGAAAAGAUACAGGGGAAAU